CCGAGGGGGGACCUUGCGCUGAAAUACACAACAAUGCACAUUUCCUGUCGAUUGUAAUUUUAUGGAAUGUCUAAAGAAAGCGUAGCUUGUGAUUCUGCAAUGUAGCUUUUGAAAUAUUGGCGAUCUGUCACUUUGCUAGACGUUCGAAUGGAAAUAUAAGGUUGGCAAAAAGUUGUGGGACCAAAGGUUGUUUUUCUGUGCAUGGACGGAAAGCCAAUGCGCAGGGGUACAAGUGCACGCCCAGACAAUACCGGAAUGGACAUCACCGCACGCUGCACACUGGGUGACCCCAACAAGCUCCCGGAGGGUGUGCCCCAGCCGGCACGCAUGCCCUAUGUGUCGGACAAGCACCCUCGCCAGACGUUAGAGGUCAUCAAUCUGCUACGCAAGCACAGGGAACUGUGUGAUGUCGUGUUGGUGGUUGGCGCUAAAAAGAUAUAUGCCCACAGGGUGAUCCUGUCGGCCUGCAGCCCUUACUUCAGGGCCAUGUUCACAGGCGAGCUGGCUGAGAGUCGGCAGACUGAGGUUGUGAUCCGGGACAUUGACGAGCGGGCCAUGGAGCUUCUCAUUGACUUUGCCUACACUUCGCAGGUUACUGUAGAGGAGGGCAACGUGCAGACGCUGCUGCCCGCCGCUUGUCUGUUACAACUGGCUGAGAUUCAGGAGGCUUGCUGCGAGUUUCUCAAGCGUCAGUUGGACCCCUCCAAUUGCCUGGGUAUCCGUGCAUUUGCUGACACCCACUCCUGCCGCGAGCUGCUGAGGAUAGCUGACAAGUUUACACAGCACAACUUUCAAGAGGUGAUGGAGAGUGAGGAGUUCAUGCUGCUUCCAGCCAACCAGCUGAUAGACAUUAUCUCCAGCGAUGAACUGAAUGUGCGAAGUGAAGAGCAGGUUUUUAACGCAGUCAUGGCCUGGGUCAAGUACAGCAUUCAGGAGCGCCGGCCACAGCUGCCACAGGUCCUCCAGCAUGUUCGUCUUCCUCUUCUGAGCCCUAAAUUUCUGGUGGGAACGGUGGGAUCAGACCCUCUCAUCAAAAGUGAUGAGGAGUGCAGAGACCUGGUUGAUGAGGCAAAGAACUACCUCCUCUUGCCCCAAGAGCGACCUCUAAUGCAAGGGCCAAGAACACGGCCCCGGAAGCCCAUCCGGUGUGGAGAAGUGCUGUUUGCAGUUGGAGGGUGGUGCAGUGGGGAUGCCAUUUCCAGUGUGGAGCGAUAUGACCCACAGACCAACGAGUGGCGCAUGGUGGCUUCCAUGAGUAAGAGGCGCUGUGGAGUGGGGGUCAGUGUCCUUGAUGAUCUUCUCUAUGCUGUCGGCGGCCAUGACGGGUCCUCAUAUCUCAACAGUGUGGAAAGGUAUGACCCCAAGACCAAUCAGUGGAGUAGUGAUGUGGCUCCCACCAGCACGUGCAGGACCAGUGUGGGUGUGGCUGUCCUGGGAGGGUAUCUGUACGCGGUAGGGGGCCAAGAUGGAGUAUCGUGUCUCAACAUUGUUGAAAGAUAUGACCCCAAGGAGAACAAAUGGACACGCGUGGCCUCGAUGAGCACCAGGCGCCUGGGUGUAGCCGUGGCUGUACUGGGGGGCUUCCUCUAUGCAGUGGGAGGCUCUGAUGGCACGUCCCCUCUCAAUACAGUGGAGAGGUACAAUCCACAAGAGAACCGCUGGCACACCGUCUCUCCCAUGGGCACCAGGAGGAAACACCUAGGCUGUGCAGUGUACCAGGACAUGAUCUACUCUGUAGGCGGUCGUGACGACACCACCGAGCUGAGCAGUGCCGAGCGCUACAACCCCAGGACCAACCAGUGGUCACCUGUUGUAGCUAUGACUUCAAGACGUAGUGGGGUUGGACUAGCGGUGGUAAAUGGUCAGUUAAUGGCUGUGGGUGGCUUUGAUGGGACAACAUAUCUUAAAACAAUAGAGGUCUAUGAUCCUGACGCUAACACAUGGAGACUCUACGGUGGAAUGAACUACAGGCGACUUGGAGGAGGGGUUGGUGUUAUCAAAAUGACUCACUGUGAAUCCCACAUAUGGUAACGCCACCAGUUUAAAGGACUCACCGUCGCUUGUGCCUCUGAAAGAAACAUUGUUUAUCGUGCAAGGAAGGAAGACUAUAUUAACUUUAACUCAUCCACAGCCGUGUAAUUGGCAAGCCAAGGAAAUGUCUUGAGUGACUACAAGAUGUGUCAAGUCUGGAAGGCUUCUCAUCUAGUAGUCUAUGGUUCAUCUCUCUAUUCUGUACUUCCUGUAUUAUGACUUGACACGCCAAGCCAGCCAAGGCCAAGAGGAACCAACUGAAUAUGCCUGCAUCAAUCACAUGAGGAACUAUUAUUUAUGACAUCACUGCGGCAAACACUUAAUUUCCCCUUUUUCUGUUACUGAAAUGGAAUGAUGCAGCUGCACUUUAGGAUACAGUUCAGACUUUUGCUGUGUGACCUGUUAUACUAUACCAACAUUGAGUUUACAUUUAAAUAUUAAAUGGGGCAUGACGAAGAAUCAUCAAAGUGAACUGAUGUUUAACUGAAAAUGUAGGAUGUGGUCGCAUUGCUUCUCCUGAUCUUCAUUGUGAAUAGUUUAACUUGUUAGGCAGUUGUUUGAAUCUCCUCUAAAUUGAAUGCACUGUGAUUAUAAUUAUUUUAGAAUAUUUUAUUUUUUGGCUGUUUUUAUUGGAGGUAGACACUGAGCAUAACCUGGAGUUCUAUAUUCACAACUGUGGGUCAAUUGUUGGCCGACUAAGAUGUUAGCACUGUGCUGCUUACACAAUAUUAUACUGAGUAUACCAAGUAUUAAGAACACCUUCCUAAUAAUGAGUUGCACCAUACCAUGUUCGAAGGCACUUAAAUGUUUUCUCUUUUCCACCAUCAAUGGCACACAUACACUAACCAUGUCUCACAUCUUAAAAAUCCUGUUUCCUCCCCCUCAUCUAUACUGAUUGAAGUGGAUUUAACAAGUGACACCAAUAAGAGCUUGAACCUGGAUUCACCUGGUCAGUAUGUAAGGGAAAGAUUAGGUGUUCUUAAUGUUUUAUAUACUCAGUGUAUAUAACUGUUUCAUACAAGAUUGUUAUUGUCCAUUCAAGGCUGGAUAACAGUUGAUAUUAUUUUAGGAGCAACUCCUUGACACAUGGCUUGUGCGUUUAACAUUAUAUGACACAUUUCUGAGACAGUCUUGCACUUUAAUCUAUUAUAGAUUAUUCUUGAGGAAUGAGUUGCAUUGUGGUUAAUCUAAAACACAGUAAGGAAUAAUAAACCGGUUGAUGUAUUAUG